AUCUCCGAAAAUUCAGUUAUUUACAUUUUUAUAGAAGAAAUCGACAAUACCCGAUAAAUCUUAUAAAAUCAACAUUUAGUCAAAAUUAUAAGUUUUGUGAACAUGUCUUUAAACCGCUGUCUUGACCCCGUGGACAAGAUGACUACCAUGAAACUUCCUCAGAUAAAGUCCAGCAUAAAUCCCUACCGACCAAAGCCAACGUUAAUCCGCAGUGAUUCCCCAAAACUGGAGAACGACAAGCGUAAUGGGCUUGAUUUGGAGUUGCCUUCGGAACAAGAGCCAAUAGUCGUUAAAAGGGUGCGAUGGGCUCCUAUGUAUGGAGACAGGAGCUCGAGUAAGUCCUCCACUUUCGUCUCCCGACUGGGCACCAAACCAAACCGAUUUGAUCAGGAUACACCAGACGAAGUUAAACUGGCUAAUAAACUGCGAUUGGCGGUUCAUCGCGGUGGCGGUUCCAUAGAUCCCGAGAAGAAUUACGAACUGAAGGCCCAACUGUCUCCCCUCCUGCUGCCCUACAGUCAAGUGCAACGCAUCCUGAAGGAGUGCGAAUUGAACGAAAGGAAUCACAGCACCUACAGCCUGCCCAUGGACUACGGUCGUCAAUUGGUCGCCAUGAUUUGCAAGGUCAGGACUGAUAACCUCAGCGACCUGAAGCUUCGUUUAGCCAAUUUUCUUAAGCAAGGCAAGGCGCGCUUUUUCAAUAGGCAUUUAUUCACCGAAACUGGCUUGAUUGAAGCCACCUUGCCCAGCAAAUUAUCAUUUAGUUUUGACGAUUUCAAUCAAACCUUGCGAACGGAUGCAUUGUGGUGCAAGGCCACUGAUUCCGCCAUUGUCGAUUUGGGCAAGGGCAAUGUUUUGUUUAAGUGUCGACCAUACGACCUGCGAGAGGUGACGGAAAAACUGCAGCAGUGCAAGUACAAGAUUACCCACACGGAAGUGGGACAUUGUCCAAACAAGCUGGUGAACUUAACCGAUCGACAGAUGACGCGUUACCAGGAGUUCCGUAAAAAUCUUUUGCAGGACGAAGAUGUAGUAAAAAUUUAUGACAAUGUUCGUGCCCAGUAGCUCGAAUCAGUGUAUUCAAUAUUUUAAGUGAAGUGCAAAUUAAAGUAAAAGUGCAAUUUUAGGAGAAAA